AUAUAUAUUUAUCGACUUCUAAUUCUGUCAAUAUCAUCUUCGCUGUACAUUUUAUAAUUAGCACCCUCUAUUUGAGAGAUCAACGCGAGUCUUACUAAAAUUCUCUCUUAUUUGCACCCUUCGGAUUCUUUCCCUACAUUCUUGCCAGUAGGCCUGACAAUAUUAUUCGUGAGGGGCAAUAGUGCUUGAUUCUCCAGCUACGUUUGAGAUCACAAAUAGAUCAUCAGCACUGCAAAAUUUAGCCAUGGCUGAUACUCUGUCUGGACCACUUGAUCCACCUAUCAAAGGGGGUCAUGAAAAAUCCGAUACUGAACACUCUGAGGAUGAGAGGAAGACAAAGCUUGGAUCAUUGAAGAAGAAAGCAAUUAGUGCCUCGAACAAGUUCAGGAAUUCCUUGACAAAGAAAGGACGCAGACACAGUAGAGUAAUGUCUAUUUCAAUUGAGGAUGACCUUGAUGCUGAGGAAUUACAGGCAGUGGAUGCGUUUCGCCAAGCACUUAUUUUGGAUGAGCUACUACCCUCUAAGCAUGAUGAUCACCAUAUGAUGCUAAGAUUUUUAAGGGCCAGGAAAUUUGAUGUGGAGAAGGCAAAGCAAAUGUGGUCUGAUAUGCUCAAAUGGAGGAAGGAAUUCGGCGCUGACACAAUCAUGGAGGAAUUUGAAUUCAAGGAAAUAGAUGAAGUCUUGAAAUACUAUCCACAAGGGUAUCAUGGAGUUGAUAAGGAAGGAAGACCAGUUUACAUUGAAAGACUGGGUGAAGUUGAUGCUAACAAGCUGGUACAAGUCACAACAUUGGAUCGGUAUAUGAAAUACCACGUGCAAGAGUUUGAGAAAACCUUCAAUAUCAAGUUUCCAGCCUGUUCGAUUGCAGCGAAGAAGCAUAUUGAUCAGAGCACCACUAUUUUGGAUGUGCAAGGAGUGGGGCUUAAACAAUUCACCAAAACUGCAAGGGAACUUAUUAGCCACAUUUCAAAGAUUGAUGGUGACAAUUACCCUGAGACCUUAAAUCGGAUGUUCAUCAUUAAUGGUGGUCCUGGAUUCAGGCUUUUGUGGAGCACAGUUAAACAGUUCAUUGACCCCAAGACUGCCCAAAAAAUCCAUUUUCUGGGUAACAAAUACCAGAGCAAGUUGCUUGAAGCAAUUGAUGCUAGUGAAUUGCCGGAGAUUUUUGGUGGUACUUGCACUUGUGCCAAUAAGGGUGGCUGUAUGCGUUCUGAUAAGGGUCCAUGGAAUGAUACGGACAUACUAAAGAUGGUCCAAAAUGGUGAAGCCAAAUGCCACAGGAGAACUUUUUCAGGAAUUCACGAGAAGGCAAUCUCUGAAGAUAAUCAGCCAUGCACCAAGACAAACGCUUCUUUCAGCAAAGAAGCAGCUGCUGAUGCUGCUGAUUAUGGACAUCCAAGGAAUCACGGGGAACAUCAGAUUCUUUCUCCAGUUCCAGAAUCUCCCUUGAGCAAAGGGUACAAAAGUGACCAAGAGUAUGAUUACUCCAUUCCAAUGGUUGAAAAGACCAUUGAUGCUGCUUGGCCUACACGGCAGAAUAAUAGAUAUGACCUCUCUAAAGAGUCUCACCUAGAGCAUGAUGUUUACAAGGCUCAAAGACGGAGUGGUCAGAUAGUAAACGGGAUAAUGGCCGUCGUGAUGGGAAUUGUCACCAUGGUUCGCAUAUCACGCAACAUGCCUAGAAAACUUGCUGAGGCUGCUGUUUACGGUAGUCAAGUUUAUGCUAAUGAAAUGGCUAAAAGCCAUGCAUUGCCAGCACCAUCCAUCUCUACUUCUGAAUACAAGAACAUGAUGUCGCGCAUGGCCGAAAUGGAAGAGAAGCUGAAUGUUCUCAGCUCCAAACCUCAAGUCAUGCUCCCUGAGAAAGAGGAAAUGCUGAAUGCUUCUAUAAGGCGAGCCGAUUCUCUUGAGCAAGAGCUAUCAAUAGCCAAGAAGGCACUUGAGGAUGCCCUUGCUAAACAGCAGGAACUCCUAGCCUACAUUGACAAGAAAAAGAAGAAAAAGAAAAUUUUUGGAUUUGAAAUUAAGAGUUCAUGCAGAUGAAAGUAACAUAUACUGGGACCGAAAAUGGUGGCGGUAGAGAUUUGUAGCCCCACAAUACCAGAAUGUUUUCAGACCUUGUUUGCCUUGUGCAACACUGAACUCAAAGCUCGUGUAUUUUAUUUAUUAUUGUUAUUAUAUACAAUCAUCUUCAUGAUGUGAUUCUGUAAAUUGAACAAAGACCUCGUUUAAUGUCUAGUCUUCUACA